AUGGCCGCAAUAAUAGGAGACGAUGAUCUAAUUAAAAACUGCGAAGAAAGUAUAGACACCUUCAGCCAAAUCUCCACAAAACUUGCCCCUUGUGAUUGGCGAUCGACCCUUUUUCAGGUUGAGAGCUUUACACCAAGCACUGAAAGCCCUGUAGAAAGCGACACCAACGCAGAGGUAUCCUAUCACCCAGAAUGGUAUUCAGUCGGAUAUCUCACUGACGGUCGAUACAACUCUUCCUCAUUCUCUAAAAUUCUGCCAAAACCACAAAAAUGUGGUGAGAUUCCACCGAUUGCCAGGCACUCUAUACUCAUAUUUAGUGAGUCGGAAAGUGAUUUUAACGUUCACUUUUCAACGAAGGUGUCUUUUCGAGCAGCCGAAAUUAAAGGAUGUUCAUAUCGGGUGCCUCUGCCCCUAGUAUCAAUAGAAUUUACCCCAGCAAGUUUCAUUGCCCAUGAAUUUAGCAAUGAGAGCUUUAACACUGGCAAAGGGAACGAUGAAAGAAUCACUGAUUGUCAAUAUCCAAGAGUGUUGCGAGUCCUUCCGGAUCCAAUUAGUGCAAUAACAUCUACAAGAGCAGUGUUAAAUUACAGUAUCUUGAUCCGCAUUGAACCCAUCCUUAAAGAAAAUGCCUCGAAAAUUGGAAGAAAGUAUUGGCAGCAUAAAAACAACUUUCUCAACGAACGACCAGUAGCAGAUAUUGACAGGCUAGAGCUAUCACCAGCCCAUACUCCCGAGGUUUUUGAUUCGAUGAGAAAAACAGUUCGGUCUUUAAAGCUUACGGCUUGCUCAGCCAGCAGUGAAGCAAAGACAAUGUCCUACCACGAUACAGUGAAUAGUGUUCUGCAGAGUGCCCCCUCGUUAACAAAAUCAAAAGUCCUCUUAGCCCAAAUUAAAACAGUUUCAUCGGGAUGCGCUGAUGGAACUCACCCGAACAUGCCGAUAAACGCACUGAGUUAUUGCAUUGCCAAAUCACUUACCCUUCAUCUUUCUGGACGAAAGUUUAGACAGGAAUGCUUUCACUCAAACAUACUUCAACAAAGUCUACCUCAUUUGCAAAGGGAACCGCGUCUGAUGCAGCAGGUUGAGGUGGUUUCCCACAACGUCGCAGAAGUUGAAGUCGCUAAUGAGAGACCUUGUACCGGCAGACCUGAGAAUAGAUCUCCUCCUGGGGACAGUGCUUCACCUUGCCUAUCCUUCUACCUCAUUCCAGAAAAACGACCCUCUGAUCAAAUCACGCUUGACGUAAAAUGCUGCCCUGCAUCCGAUAAAGCGAUGCUUGAUGCACUACCAGCAGACGGAGCAAAUUGUGUGGAACGUAGAUUUCUCAAAUUGAUAUCCCAGAAAGCGAAAUUCCAUCGACGCAAGCCUCCGAAACCGCGGACAGAGGAGUGCAACGUUGUCACGCCCUCACCGCUGCAAAACUACUGCGCCAUCACUCUCAACGAUUGA